AAUAACCGGCAGAACUAGCAAAACCGGGGCGGCAAAACUCUAGUUAACCACCUGAAUAGCCUGUGGAAUUAUUCCUUGUUCGACCCGAUCCAGCUCGUUAAAAUCACUGGCAAAAACAUUUCCCUCGAGCACUUCAACUUCGUCUUCCAUGAAUGCUCUGAUCUGGUUCGGUCCUCUUCAACUCAUGAAGUCACAAAUUCAGCAGCAAUGGCGUCAGGCGAGAUACUCCCUGGACCAGUACAGUGACGGAGGGGAGCCCUCUAGUGUACACUGUCUUACUUCAGGGACGUCGGCUUUCGUGUUAUUGAAUUCAAAUGGUGUCAUCAAACCUAAAUUACAUCAAGUCUCGGAUGCCCUGGUGCUCUGCCAGAUUCUACCACCGUCCCUUCGCAUGAGCUCUGUCUACAUCAUAUUUUUCCUUUCUUCAGCUUCAAGCAUCCUGCAGGUUGCGGCGGUCUCUCAUCCCUCGCCUCCCGCAAUGCGUCGGGCGAAUAUCUCAGUCGUCACUCAGAUGUCGUCUACCCAGCUAGAUGAGAUAGUGCCAUAUGCUCAAUUUGCUCGUGCUGCUUACUGUCCGCCCAUCAUGAUAAAUGGAAGUGUGGUGCUCUCAGGAGCUUGCGAGGCGGUGCCUGAGUUCAAGGUUUCUCUCACAGGGGGUAAUGACGGCAGUAUCCAAUAUUACUACGUUGGUUACUGGCCGACAGAAAAUACCGUGGUAGUCGCUCAUGAAGGUACAGACCCGGCCAAAAUCUUAGCUGAUCUCACUGAUGCCAAUGCAUUGACGAAACGCUUGAACCCCACGCUUUUCUCUGGUUCACCCGACGAACACGCGUCAACUGCGAAUACCAUUUCGAAGGAGGUGAAGAGCCUGAUCUCUCAGUAUAACGCCAAGAGCGUCACACUGGUCAGUAUCGAACAUUUUGACAGGUCGGACACUCCCUGGGAGCCGCUCUUUCGGAGAUUGAAUGCAUGUUUAUGGCCUUGAACCUUCCUGCUAGCAUCGCUAUCAAAGGUGACAUUUGGUACGCCCCGCGUAGGAAAUCGGGCAUGGGCCGCUCUCUUCGAUUCCAAGGUGAGUUUGAUUCUCCCCUUCGGACUUCGUUGUCUCUUCCCCACGUUUGGCCUGUGUUUAACUACUGAAAUCACGGGGCAGGUACCAGACUUCCAACGGAUUAACCAUGGGAAGGACAUUGUUCCGAUUGUUCCAGGGCGCGAAUUGGGCUUCUCACAUGUCCACGGAGAGGUCCACAUCGUAUCUAAUGGAGACGCAGUCCAGUGCCCAGGUGACGACGAUGCCACGGAUUUUCAAUGCACAAUCAGGACUGUGCCCAACAUCUUUGUGGGAGAUGUCUUGGACCACUUGGGUCCAUACCAAGGGGUUUAUAUGGGCAC